GUCCCGGCGGCGCUGAGCGGCGGCGGCGGCGGCGGGAGCGAGCGGCCGCCAGCGCCAUGUACGGCCGGGCCGGAUGGGGGGCACAGGGAAUCCCGCCGGGGGGGCCAGGGCGGGCCCGGUGCCGGUGGAGGUCGGGGGUCCUCCGGAGCCGCGGAGCCCCCCGCGCCGCGCCGCCCCCGCCAUGCUGUGCCCGCUGCUGUGCCCAUGGCUCCGCGCUCUGACCCGGGCGGGCCCGCGGGGCCCGGCUGCCCGUGAGCGCCGCGGUGCCGCGAUGUUCCCCGCCUGCUGCUGCGCCGGCAAGGCCAGGCCGCGGCUGCUGCUGCCCCUGGACCCCUACGGCCAUGGGCUGCUGCCCGCCGUGCACCCGGACGGCGGCCGGGGCCGGGCCCACGGCAAGAGGAAGAGCUGGAACUUCAUCCACGAGAAGAUGAGCUACGACACCUUCUUCACCAUGAAGCGGCUGAUCGAGCGCUCGCGCAGCGUGGGCGAGGUGCUGCGCUGGGUCACGCAGAACCCGGGCAAGGUGUCGGCCAGUCACUACCCCAUCGCGCUUCACAAGCUGGGGCAGCUCCUGCAGCAGCAGCCGGGGCCGCCCGCGGGCGCCGGGGACGGCCGCGGGCCCGCGGGGCAGGUGCUGGAGCAGCCCGAGUUCCACGUGCUCUGCCAGGCCAUCGUCAGCGGCUGCGCCAAGUUCGACAACUUCAGCAUCGUCAACUGCCUGUACGCGGCGGCCGCGCUGGGGCUGCCCGGGGAGUCGCCGCUGGUGCGGGUGCUGGAGGACGAGUCCCGCAGCCGCCUGGGCCGCUUCAACCAGAAGGACGUGUCGAUGGUGUUCAGCAGCGUGAUGCGGCUGCACCCCUCCAGCCCCCACCCGCUGGUCGAGUCGUGCCUCAGCAGCCUGGAGCGGCACCUGGAGAAGGAGCGGCACCCCCAGACCCUCUUCCUGCUGCUCUCCUACUACCGGCUGCGGGCGCAGGCGCUGCAGGGCCACGCGGCCUCCGACCAGCAGCUCAUCAACAACCGCAAGAUCCUGCGCCUGGUGCGGCACACGCUGGGCCAGGUGAGCGCCAUGAGGGAGCACGAGCUGGCGCUGCUGGACGAGAUGCUGGCCCUGUGUGCCCAGGAGGCCAACAACAAGGCCCUGGAGGCCAUCUUCAGCUCCCAGCUCUUCUACGAGAACCGGCAGGAGCGCUUCAUUCGCAGCAUGGCAGAGUGGCUGCCCCGGAAGGCAGAGAACCUCACCCCCUACACCAUGGCCCUCAUCGCCAAGUACGUGGCGCGGCACCGGCUGCGUGAGCCGCGGCUGCUCGACACCAUCGCCAACUUCCUGCUGAAGCGCGGCGAGCAGCUGGACAGCAAGGUGAUCCAGAAGUUGGUGUUCCCCUUCAGCCGGAUGAACUACCGCCCCUCCAACCACGGCGAGCUCUUCCCCAAGCUGGAGGCCAUCCUGGAGCAGAAGGCCGGCAGCUCCCCGCUGGCCACCGUCAACAUCCUCAUGUCCAUGUUCCAGCUCAGCCACUUCCCGCAGACCGUCCUGCACCAGGUCUUCUCCCCGGGCUUCAUCACCAACGUCAUGAGCAGCCCCUACGCGCUGAUCGUGCGCCGCUACCUGUCGCUGCUGGACGCGGCCGUGGAGCUGGAGUUCCGCGAGUACAGCGGCCCCCGCCUGGACCCGCGCUACCGCGUGCUCAUGUUCGAGCACGCCCUGACCGCCGACGAGGCCAACAGAAAGUACAGGUGAGGGCCGGGGGCACCCCUGCUGUCCCUCGCACCGGGGGACAGGGGUCUGCCGCCUGCGCUGGCAGCGUCCCGCGGGCUGCCGGGAUGGAGGCACCUGCGGCAGCUCCAGAGCCUCUGGGGUAGCACUCUAGCAUCACAGAAUCGUUUAGAAUUGCAGGAUUGUUUGGGUUGGGAAAGCCUCGGAGACCUCAGUGGAGGUGAUAUUCAUACAGGGAGGACUGGUUUGGAAAGGCCUCCGAGUCCAGCCAGAGAUAGCAACAGCGGGGGGCAGAAGCUGGGUGCAGAGGCUCCCUCCCCAAGGCAUUCUUGCAGUCAGUGCCCUCUCUGCUGCUCCAGCCUCACCACACCCCAAGCAUUCCUGCUGGAAGCAGGACCUACAGGAGGUCAGGAGAUGGGGGUACAGGUGAAGGCUUUCAGAUUGACAGUGAGGAGAGCAAAAAAUCAGAUGAUGGAAGUGCAUCCUGCACAACCCAUUUCCUCAGCAGGACCUAGGCAGAGGAGGAGGAAGGGUGCUUGCAUGAAGGGACUGCACAUGUGGAUGAAGAUGUCAUAGCAAUGCUGGGUCACCUAGCCCCUGAGCCCACAUGUCCCCAGCACUGCUAAGGCCACCAGUGACCAUGUCCCCAAGUACCACAUCCGUGUGGCUCGGAGAUGGGGACUCCCCCCUGCCCUGGGCAGCGAUGCCCGGGCUGGGCAGCCCUUGUGGGGGCUUUUGGUGCCCCAGUACUGUGAGGAGCUGUUCUGCAAAAGGAACUGGAGCCCAUCCCCUCU